GGGGUAGCGACUUGGCGCAUCGCUCGUCGGUAGCCGUUCUCUCGGGGCCGCGGACUGGAGGCCCCGAGAUUGAUUGUGGGGCGCGAUGAACUCCUGGCUGGUCCAGCGCGUGCCUGGCUGACUGGGUAUUAUAUUAUGCUGGGAUAAAAGCUGUACGUCGCGCCCUCGUUCUGUGUCUCCUAGGACUCUCCCAGGACACCCUCCCCGCGCCGCUAGACAUCAGCUCGAGAUGCGUGCCACUUCUCUGCUAUCAGGCCUUGCCGUCGUCUCGGCCCCUCUCCUCGCGUCUGGGUCUCCGUCAAAGGCGAGAGGCGCCCAUGUCGUCCGGGACUCGUGCGGCCUGGCCAAAGAGUAUGACUAUGUCAUCGUCGGAGGCGGCACCGCCGGGCUGACGGUUGCCGACCGGCUGACCGAGGACGGCAAGACCACGGUCCUGGUGCUGGAAUACGGCCAGUUCGUGAACGACUCGGCCAUAAGCACCGUCCAGGGCGGCUUCUCGGCCAUCCAGCCCCAGUACAUGUACUCGAUCAACUCGGUGCCGCAGCCGAACCUAGACAACCGCAGGACCGCCGUUUUAAUCGGCAAGCUGGUGGGCGGCAGCUCGGCCAUCAACGCCAUGAUGAACAUCCGCGGCACGGCCGAGGACUACGACCGCUGGGGCAGCUUCUUCGGGCCCGGGUCGUCGUGGUCCUGGGACGGCCUGCUGCCGUACUUCAAGAAAGCGCUGCACUUUACGCCCCCUGACCCGGCCACGGCGGCGGCGUCCGAGAUCAAGUACGACGAGUCGUACUGGGGCAAGACGUCGGGCGUCCACGCGGGCUUCCCGUCGUUCCAGUUCCCCGGCGUCAAGGCCAUCAUCGACGGCUUCAAGGCCAUGCCGGGCGUCAGCUUCACGUCGGACAGCGGCGACGGCAAGACGGGCGUGUACUGGUACCCGCAAUUCUCGCACCCCAAGACGGUGACGCGCUCGUACGCCCGCACCGGCCACUGGGACGACGUCCAGCGCAGCAACUACCACCUCAAGGUCGGCGUCAAGGUCAACAAGAUCCUGCUCGAGGGCACCAAGGCCACGGGCGUCGCCUACUCCGCCGUCGGCGAGGGCGCCUGCAAGGACGUCCAGACCGUGAGGGCGCGGCGCGAGGUCAUCCUGGCUGCCGGUGGCAUCCACACGCCGCAGAUCAUGCAGCUGAGCGGGCUUGGGCCUAAGAAGGUCCUGGAGGCGGCCAAGAUCCCGACUGUCGUCGACCUUCCGGGAGUUGGUCAGAACUUCCAGGACCACGUGAUGCUUACCGCCAUGUUCAACCUCCGCAACUUCACCUUCCGCCCCAACGCCAACGACCUCGCCACCAACACCACCUUCAAGGCCCAGGCCGACCAGCUCUGGGCCGCCAACCGGACGGGACCCUACUCGCUCGCGUCGGGCAACGCGGCCGCCUGGCUGUCCUUCCCCGUCAUCUCCCCGCGCGCGGGCGAGAUCGCCGACGCGCUCGCCGCCCAGGACCCGGCCGCCUCCCUGCCGGCGGGCACGCACCCGGACGUGGUGCGCGGCUACGGCGCGCAGAUGGCGUCGUACGCGGCCGCCAUGCGCGGCAACGGCACCGCCUUCUACAACUACAUCGUCAACGGCGCCCCUUCCUCGGGCGGCCCGCUCAUCUCGCUGCACCCGCUCAGCCGCGGCAGCGUCAACGUCGACCCCGCCGACCCGGAGGGGCGCGAGCCCGUCGUCGACUACGGCGCGCUCACGAACCCGCUCGACCGCGACGUCGACAUCGAGCUGCUGAGGUACACGCGCCGCUUCUUCCUCGAGAACCCGGCCAUGGCCCCGUACGCGCCCGCCGAGGCGCAGCCGGGCCGGAACGUGACGACGCGCCCGCAGCUCGACCGCUGGCUCGAGACGACGCUGAGCCCGACCGUCUACCACCCCGUCGGCACGUGCGCCAUGAUGCCGCGCGAGAUGGGCGGCGUCGUCGACCAGGAGCUCAAGGUGUACGGCGUGCAGAGCCUGCGUAUCGUUGACGGCAGCAUCAUGCCGACCCUCGUGGGCGCCAACACGUGCCAGACGGUGUAUGCCGUUGCUGAAAAGGCUGCGGAUCUGAUCAAGGCGGACCAGGUCGCUCGUUAAGAGCGAUGGGUCUGGAAGGUGGUGGAAAACGAAGGAAAAACUAAUAAACAAAUUAAUGUGUCAAAUUCACCAUGCUAUCUGUCC